CCCUCCCCACCUAAAAUCAUCCUUUCUCCAGCCUGUGCUGCGAGGGAUGGUGGUGGGUGGUGGAUGAUGGUGGGUGUGUUUCGCACCGCCGCUCUUUGUCUCUUGUGCGUGUGGUCACCCUGCCGCCGGACGUCAACCUUUGAAUUUUUUUCUUUUCUCCUACACGCCUCAUCCUCCCAACUCUUCCUCUCUCUACCAGUCGACUUCAUCGCCGACUUGCUACCUGCGUGUCACUUUUCCUGUCGUCGACGCAUCACUAGGAAACAAGAAAGGCCUUUUUCAUAGCCUUUUUUCCCCUCCUUUUUUUUCUCCGUAUUCUUUUUGGGCGACC